AUGCCACCGGUGACUGCGUUGGAUUUCCUCGAGCAUCAGCUUGAGCUUGAGAAAGAGGCUCGUGAGGUGAUGCCCUAUGAACCCGACAAAUGCACUUAUCCCCAGCCUCUAAGACAACUUGUCUUUACAUGUCUCACCUGCCUGAGAGCCAACGAAAACAACCCUGUCGGUGUGUGCUACCUGUGCCUGAUCCUGUGUCACAGUACUCACGAGUUGGUGGAAUUGCUUCCUAAACGUCUGUUUGUGUGUGAUUGCGGCACUUCUCGGAUGAAGAACGGCCAUGCCUGUGAGUUGAGGAUCAGACGAGCUAAGGAGGAUGCCAAAAAGCACAAUUCUGGAAGCCAGGGUAAUCAGGACGAGGGCUCAAGCCACCAGAGCAACCAAAAUAGCGACCAUCCUCCUAGCAGGCCCCACCAGCUGCAAAGCCAGGGAAUCCCUAAACUACGAGCAGGUCUCUCCUCCUCACAUUUCCAUAGCCUUUCGGCCCAGCAGCUUCCGGCGGAGGAUGUUCCCAGCUCCAGCAAUACCUACAACCACAAUUACAAGGGAAAAUUCUGCUCGUGUAACGAAUUGUUCAAUCCCUUUAAGGAAACAAGAACGAUGCACCAGUGCUACUUUGGUGAAUUUUGCGGUGAAGACUGGUUCCACCAGGACUGUAUCAUGGGCUACAAGCCGGGACUUUUUAGUAACCAUCCCACAGAGACUGGCGAAAACAAAUUAGCUCUGCUUCCAUCUCCAGGUCUAGAUGCGGAGCAUGAUCGCAAGAACCUGGGCUCAGACUACAUUGGGAAUGGAAGUCCUGAGCAGAAACCUAACGCUAACGAGGCAGAGGAAGAGGUAAGGGACAACAAGCAUGAUGUGCCUCAGAGCUCUCUUCCCGAUCAUGCCGAUUCGGAUGACGAAGAAGGCGACGUUAUACCCUAUUUCCCUGCGUUGGAGUCGUUCUCCGAAUUCGUCUGUUGGGGAUGCAUCGAGGCUUUUAGGGAGGCAUUCGACGAACUCUCAACAAACUCCAAUAUAGUGGCAGCCAAACUACCCCAUUUUGAAGGUAUUGGUUCUGCCCACGAGUGGAAAUCGCGUUAUGACGAAUAUGUCAAUGGCGAGCCCCAAUCAAAAAAGAAGAAGAAUGGCAAGGACAACAGACAGCUUUACACUUUAUUUCUUCGUCACGAUUUCAAGAAGGAACUCAAGAAAAUAAAGGAGACGGCUCCAACCGACUCUCCAGUUGCCGCCAUGCUCAGAACUUUUGACUUCAUGUGCGGAGAAGAUGUCAUCUAUUCGCCUAAGGAGGACACUGACGUCAGCUCUUCGACCGGUUCACUCUACGACAUGGGCACAGAGGCUCUUCAGUCUUUACCCGGACAACAGGCCAUCGAAGGUCUACAUGCAUAUGGCUUGAUGAAAUCCAGACUCCGUGACUUCUUCCAAGGUUUUGUCGACAAGAACAAAGUCGUCACCGAAGAUGAAGUAAGGGAUUUCUUCGAUAAUCUCAAGCAUUCCAGCUCAUGA